AUGUGUAACAGUAAGGACAACACCCACAACCUGCAGGAGACCUCCUGCUCCACCUCGUCCCUCACCUCUUCUGUCAGCAUGUCCUGCUUCACCAUGUCCUGCAUCAGCACCUCCUCCCUCACCUCCAUCAUCACCUCCUCCAUCAGCACCUCCUCCAAUGUCACCUCCUCCCUCAGCACCUGCUCCAUCAGCACCUCCUCCCUCAGCACCUGCUCCAUCAGCAUCUCCUCCAUCAACACCUCCUCCAUCAGCACCUCCUCCCUCAGCACCUGCUCCAUCAGCAUCUCCUCCAUCAGUACCUCCUCCCUCAGCACCUGCUCCAUCAGCACCCACCUCCUCAUCAUCAACUCCUCCAUCAGCAUCUCCUCCAUCAGCACCUCCUCCAAUGUCACCUCCAUCAGCACCUCCUCCAUCAGCAUCUCCUCCAUCAGCACCUCCUCCAGCAGCACCUCCUCCAGCAGCACCUCCUCAUCAUCACACCUGCUCCAUCAGCAUCUCCUCCAUCAGCACCUUCUCAUCAUCAACUCCUCCAUCAGCAUCUUCUCCAUCAGCACCUCCUCCCUCAGCACCUGCUCCAUCAUCACCUCCUCCAUCAGCACCUCCUCCAUCAGCACCACCUUCAACAGCAUCUCCUCCAUCAGCAUCUCCUCCAUCAGCACCUCCACCAGCAGCACCUCCUCCAGCAGCACCUCCUCAUCAUCAACUCCUCCCUCAGUUGACCUGGAAGAGGUCUGUGUGAGUGAGCACGGCUCUGCUGUGGUCAGAGCACCCCCAGGUCUGGGGGUCCACAGUGGGCGAGAUGCUGGCCGUGUGUCCAGAAGCCCGGGCGGUGGUCAGUGCAGCCUCGAGAGGACUCAGGCCAGACCCUCUGGAGCUAGCGGCUGUGGGGCCCAGGAGCAUGGCCUGUGCUGGAUGUGA